AUGGAUAAAAUAGAAUAAAUGAAUGAGAUUGGAGAAAACAUAAUAGCAGAUGUGAUUGUAAGGAUUAAAAAAAACUUUACCAGAUUUUAAUAGUAUAUGAACAAAUAUAGAGACAAAAAAGUGAUUAUUUUAUGUGGAAAUACGGGUGCUGGAAAGAGUAGCAUCUAUAAUUGGUUGUUAGGAGCUGAUUUCAAAAUGAAGCAAGAGAAUGGAGUAGAUUAUUUAUAACCUCAUCAUUAUGAUGAAAAAAUGUAUAUCUCAAAAAUGGGAACUAAUACAAAUUCUAUUACAGAAACAUCAAUUUAUUAAUAUAUUGAAGAAUUGGAUCACAUUCUUGUUGAUCUUCCUGGAUUUGAAAGUACUAAAGGGGAUUAUCAUAAACUAUUUAUUGAUUUACUCUUUCAUAAAAUAACUACAACAUUUUAAACUAAAAUAGUCUAUGUAUUAGAUAAUCCAUAAAAAGAAUUAUAAAACAGAGGAAAGGAUUUUACAUAAUUCAUUAAUUAAUUAAUUGGAUUCAAUUCCAAUAAUAUACCUAACAUUUUUCUUAUUAUUAAUAAAUACUCUGAAGAUGGAAUAGAUAAUGAACAAAUCUAAAGAAUUUAAGUAUAGUUAGAAGAAAUAAAAGAAUUUAAAGGGAGAAUGCUUAAAAAUAUUCAUAUUAUACGAAAAAUAAAAAACAAAGAAAUGAUUUAAUAAAUAUUCGCUGAAUAACCAAGAAAAUUUCUUCUUUAAAGUUUGAUUAAAUCAGACAUUUUUACUCUGUAAUCUACAAAUAGAAUAUAAUUUUCAAGUUCUCACAUUGUUAAUGAUUAUUUAAUGAAUCAGAGCACUUGUUAUUUUCAAGAGCUAAAAAAAAUGUCUUAAAAUAUAAAAUAGUUAAUUGAUAUGAAACAGAUUUUUAACAUUUUUGCAGAAAAAUAAGAAGAACCAAAUUCUAGCUCAAAUAUACCGUAAUCAAUAGAAGGCUUGUAUGAUUUAUAUACUCUUAUAAUAUCUAACAAAAGAUCUGAAAUUGCCAGUACUGAUGAGUUUUAGAAUUUUAAAAAAAUCUAUGAUUAUUUUUUACCUUAUGAAGAACAAUUACUCAGUUAUUUUUGUAUGAAUAAUAACUUAAGUGCCUAAAUCACAUUAUUUAAUUUAAUUAUUGAUUACUUAUAAUAAACCCCUUAGCAAAAAUCUACAGAAAAUAAACUUAAUAUUUAUCACUCAUAAUAAACUACCUAGCCGAAACCUUCAGAAAAUUAACAAAAUAAAUGGGUGGAAAUAUUUAGUAAUAUUACUGAGUUUAUUAUAAGGGUUGCUGAAAAAAUUAUUUUUAUCAAAUUUUCUGAAAAAAAUAGCAAAAUUCCAAUGACAAUUGAUCCCUCAAAAAUUAUUUAUUAGCCUUUGUAGUUUCAAAAUUUGAUUAAUCCUUUGCCAAUUCCAAAAAAAUGA